ACAGGGACCAAUACCAAUGUGUUCUGCUGUGUUGAGGUAGCGAAAUCAUGAAGCAAGCGACAAGCGAGCCACGAGCCACGGAAAACAUGAUAAAGCCGCAGGAAUAAUAUGUAGAUGACGCAAGCUCGAAAACCUGUUCACUGCCGUCGCCAGAUCUGGCCCGGGCUGGUUCCGGAAAAGUGUGUCGUUGGCAUGCCACUGGAUUUGAAGUGAGGAGAGUCGUGACACUUUCCGUGCAACAUGACACUCUACAGGAUAGGGUCGCACAAAAUCAGCUGUUUUCGAACAUCUGCCAGUAGAAUAUAUCCUCUUCUCCAUGUUUUGGAACUGGAGAACCAGCAGCAAAAUCGCCAGUAUGGCGGAAGUAAAAAUCAGGGUGGUGGUUAUUUUAAUAGAGUCGUUAUGAUGAGACUUUUUGGCACUUUGGGUAUAGGACUCCUGGCUCAUCAGGUUUAUACAGCAAAAAGUGGUGACAAAGAUAGUCUUGAUUAUCAGGUGUUCAGGGGUAAAUCAGUCUGGGAAAAUCUGAAGGAAGAUCAUCGAAUUGAAAAUCUUGCCAGAAAUGCUCCCAAAAAAGCUCAAAAAUCAGUACCUAGCGAAAAGCGUGAAGACUUACCAACUUAUACCCUUGAAGAGGUAUUGCAACAUACAACAAUGGAGAAAAGGAUUUGGGUGACGUAUGGACAAGGAGUCUAUGACAUCACAGACUUCAUACCUCAACACCCAGGAGGAUCUGAAAAAAUCUCUAUGGCUGCAGGAUCAUCAGUUGAACCAUUUUGGAUGCUGUAUGGAGUUCACAAAAAUCCUAAUGUUCUGGCCAUCCUUGAAAAAUACAGAAUUGGCAACUUAUCGCCUGCAGAGGCAGCUGAGGCCACAGCGAAUAUGGAAGAUCCAUAUGCAAGAGACCCUAUCAGACAUCCUGCUCUAAAGCCAUCAUCCAAGAAACCUUUUAAUGCUGAGCCACCUCCAACACUUCUUACAGAGAGCUUCGUAACUCCAGUUGACUUAUUUUAUGUCCGCAAUCAUUUACCUGUGCCAGAAAUUUCGGAGAAUGAUUAUAAAUUAGAAAUACACUUUCAAGGCAAAGACUAUAGCUUUUCACUCGAUGACUUGAAAACCAAAUUCGAACAGGUGACUGUGACUGCUACAGUUAUGUGUGCGGGAAACAGAAGAGGUGAAAUGACUGAGAUAAAACCUGUGAAAGGCUUGAACUGGGGACACGCUGCUAUUGGUAAUGCAACUUGGUCUGGUCCAAGACUCAGUGAUAUUCUUCGCUACAUUGGGGUUAAAGAAAAUGACCCAUCCAUUCAACACAUUCAGUUUGAAGGUCUGGAUCAUGAUGUUUCUAAUGUACCAUAUGGAGCAUCAAUACCAUUUAACAAGGCUAUUGACCCCAAAGGUGAUGUGGUAUUAGCAUAUGAAAUGAAUGGCGAGGUUUUGUCAAAAGACCAUGGUUUUCCCAUUCGUGCUGUUGUGCCAGGAACUGUUGGUGCUCGCAAUGUAAAAUGGUUAGGUCGUAUCAUAGUGAGUGACGUAGAGUCUGAUUCCCACUGGCAGCAAAAUGAUUACAAAGGAUUUAAUCCAAGUGUGGACUGGGAUACAGUAGACUUCUCUAAAAGUCCAGCCAUUCAAGAACUCCCCGUUAUUUCCGCUAUUUGUUCUCCAGAUUCAGGAUCUGUUGUUAAAUUGAAUUCCAACAGCUCCCUUAACAUGAAAGGAUAUGCAUGGUCUGGUGGAGGAAGGAGAAUUGUGAGAGUGGAUGUCACAGCUGAUUCAGGAAAAACAUGGCAUUCAGCAAAUAUAACUGCUCAGGAUAGCAGUAAGGAACCUCACCAUUGGGGUUGGUCAUUAUGGUCAAUUGAUUUACCCAUUCCUCAAGGUGUCAGAGAGGUUGAACUUUGGGCCAAAGCCGUUGACUCAGCUUACAAUACUCAGCCUGAAACAUUUGCCAAUAUUUGGAAUCUGCGAGGGGUUCUAGGGAAUGCUUAUCACAGAAUUCGUGUGCAAGUUGCAAGUUGACCAUUUUUAAAUCCAUGUAAAUAUUUUGGAAGGUUUUUUUACCAUAAAAGAAAGAAGUUUUUAUAGAUCAUUGAA